AACACUUCAAAGAUUUGGGGAUUGAGAAAUCCAUAUUUAUCAAACCAAAGACAUUUCACUUGACGGUGCUUAUGUUGAAAUUGUGGAACAAAGAACGAGUUAAUGCAGCAACUGAGGUUUUGAAGAGUAUCUCCUCCAGAGUGCUUGAUGCUUUGGAUAAUCGGCCUGUAUUUAUCAGACUUAAGGGGCUGGAUUGCAUGAGAGGUUCUUUGGCAAAAGCCCGUGUCAUCUAUGCUCCUGUAGAAGAAAUUGGCAGUGAGGAUCGCCUGUUACAUGCCUGUCAAGUUAUUAUUGACUCUUUUCUUGAGGCUGGGCUUGUUUUGGAAAAUGAUGCUAAAGAGAAGCUGAAGUUGCAUGCCACGCUGAUGAAUGCAAGGCAUAGGAAAAGGAAUAAAUUCAAUAGAAAGAAGAAAAAUGAUUCCUUUGAUGCUCGAGGCAUUUUCAAGCAGUUUGGAUCUGAGGAUUGGGGGGAGUAUCUCAUCCGUGAAGCUCAUCUUUCUCAAAGGUUUGUAUUUGAUGAAAAUGGAUAUUAUCAUUGUUGCGCUUCAAUACCUUUUCCUGAAAACAUGCAAGUAGACUGAUUCUCUAGAAGUCUAGAACAAAAAUAGGAUUCCUAGCUUACAUCCUGAAGAAAUUGAUGUAGAGACUUAAUUCCUGUUUUGUUUAGAGAUGCAAUUGCUCUCAAUUAUUGUGGUGUUAAAAGAGUAUGUCUACUAUUUAACAUCGAAAUAAAGAAAAUGAAAGAAAAGAAAACCGAGCAGGAUAAACGUACAUUUGUUUUCUAGAUGUAGCGGCCAUAUAGUAAGAUUUUAUGUCCUUUGUGGCUGAGGACAGAGCUGCUUGAAAUUGAAUUGAUGACCUUUGUCACUGAAACUAUUCUGUUAGAAGAAGCUGCACUAGCAGUCGUUGUCAUCUAUAG